AUGACAACAAAGCGCUACAACAGGAGCACUGUUCCGGCUUCACUAAGGGCCUCUGCUAAACCGAGUCGAAAGGGUAAGUGUGUGAUCAUGUCCGACGUGGCGAAGGAGAAGGCCAUCCGGCUGCUGAAGAAACGAGAGAGCAUGUCGUCUCUGGGCAGUCAGGACGUCAGAGCCAGGAGAGAAGAGCUCACUGUCAAGACCAAGGACUCUAUCAGUAGCGUGUCCUAUAUGGACGAAGCCAGUCACCAUGACGAAAACCCUCGACAUGCAGUGCAAAUGGAGAACACAUACCAGCUUGGUCCAUCAAAGCGGUUCCCCGUGCACACUGUGACGGAGAUCCUGAAGGAUGUUCUGAGCAGCUACCUGCAGGAGGAGAAGUAUGAGCCCGAGCUGUGCAGACAGAUGACCAAAACCAUAUCAGAGGUGGUGAAGGCGCGAGUGAAGGACCUGAUGAUCCCUCGCUAUAAGAUUAUCGUGAUGAUCAGCAUUGGUCAGCUGGCAGAGCAGAACGUGCGCAUGGCGAGCCGCUGCCUCUGGGACGCCGCCACCGACACGUUUUCAUCAUACGCUUUCAAAAACAGCUCGCUCUUCGCCGUUGCCAAUGUCUUUGCCAUGUAUUUCGAAUGAGGCUGGUUGAAUGAAGCAGUUGAGCGUAUGAGAACCACGUCAGAGAGGAACCAUGGUUUCUCGUUUUAAGGAGUUCUUCAGGAUUAAGACUUACUUAAAAGAUGUUGGGGAUCAAAAGGCAGGUUUGAAAGCUGAUUAUGGAGGAAUGGAACAUUUUUACUGGAAUCUAACCAUGUAAUGAUGAAAUAGUUUGGAUGAAUGGAUGGAUGAAAUCUCUUCUUCAAAGACAUUUUUUCCCAUUUCUCUAGAUUUAUUACCAUAUGAACAUUUAUAAGUAUACUGCAGUUACUGAUGGAUGGAUGAAUGGAUGGAUAGACUGAUGGAUAGAUAUAUGGAAGAAUUGAUGGGUGGAGGGGUGAAUGGAUAUAUGGAUGAAUGGAUAUGCAGAUGGGUGGAUGGAUGGAUGGAUGGACAGACAGAUGUUGUAAUGAAUAGACAGAUAAACAGAUAUAUGGAUAUAUGGAUGAAUGGGUGGGUGGAUGGAUAGAUGGGUGAAUGGAUAAAUAUGUGGAUAGAUUAAUGAUAGAUGGAUGGAUGAAUGGGUAGUUGUAUGGAUGGAUAGAAUGUAUGUGUGUGUGUGAAUGGAUGGAUGGAUGAAUAGAUAUGUGAAUGUAUGGAUGGAUUAAUGGAUAAAUGAAUGGAUUAUGAGGAUGGACAGAAAGAUUGAUGGAUGGAUGGAUAGAUGGAUGAAUGGAUAAAUUAAUGGGUGUGUGGAUGAACAGAAAGAUUGAUGGAUAUGUAUCUGUAUCGUGUAAAUGGAUGGAUGGAUGGAUGCACGGAUGGAUAUGUGAAUGGAUGGAUAGAUAGAUUGAUGGAUAGAUAGGACAAGUAAAUCAUUCAUCAAAGAUCAUGAAUUAAAACUCUGAGAUAAAAUAAAUGAACAUGUAUUUUAUGACACUAGUAAUAAUGUAUUUUUAAACAUGUAUUCUGUUUAGAACUUUACAGAGCUCUGAUCCAGCGUCAUAAUCCAUGAAUAAAGUUCAGUCUUCGUGAGUCAGUAAUCGUGAUAUAAGCUCAGAGACACCUUCAAAUGUUACACUUCAGUAUUUAUUCAUCACACAUCUCACAUCAUCACCAUCAUCAUUAGUAAUAAAUGUAAUACAUUUUUCUUCAGACAAGCAAACA